GACCCCGGAACCCUCCGGACCCCCGGCCCCCUGCCCGCCAUGCCCGGGCGCGGCUGACACCGCCGCCAUGUACUCCCCGUACUGCCUCACCCAGGAUGAGUUCCACCCCUUCAUCGAGGCGCUGCUGCCCCACGUCCGGGCCUUCUCCUACACCUGGUUCAACCUCCAGGCCCGCAAGCGCAAGUACUUCAAGAAGCACGAGAAGAGGAUGUCCAAGGAGGAGGAGCGCGCCGUCAAGGACGAGCUGCUGGGCGAGAAGCCGGAGGUCAAGCAGAAAUGGGCCUCGCGCCUCCUGGCCAAGCUGCGCAAGGACAUCCGGCCCGAGUGCCGCGAGGACUUCGUGCUCUCCGUCACCGGCAAGAAGGCGCCGUGCUGCGUCCUCUCCAACCCCGACCAGAAGGGCAAGAUCCGCCGCAUCGACUGCCUGCGCCAGGCCGACAAGGUGUGGCGGCUGGACCUGGUGAUGGUCAUCCUGUUCAAGGGCGUCCCGCUGGAGAGCACGGACGGCGAGCGCCUGGCCAAGGCGCCGCAGUGCGCCAGCCCCGGGCUGUGCGUGCAGCCCCACCACAUCGGCGUCACCAUCAAGGAGCUCGACCUCUACCUGGCCUACUUCGUCCACGCGCCAGAUUCGGGACAAUCUGACAGCUCAAACCCAGGAGACGCCGACAUCAAACCACUGCCCAACGGUCACCUGACCUUCCAGGACUGUUUCGUCACGUCAGGGGUGUGGAACGUGACGGAGCUGGUGAGGGUGUCCCAGAGCAAUGUUGCACGGCGGCCGGGCCCCAACUUCUCGCUGGCCGACCUGGAGAGCGCGGGCUACUACAACAUCAGCCCUGUCGCCCUCGGCCGCCGGCCCCUGGGACCCCCCACUGCCAGUGGCCCGGGCGCCCGGAAGGCGCUGGACGAGGGGGACCUGGAGGGUCCCUGGGACGACGUUUUCUACCCCCGGGCUGCCGGUCCCCGCCCCGGCAGCAGCCAAGGACCCUGGGGGACGUUGACACCGGUGGGCCCGGCGGCGCUGAAGAUCGGGAAGUUGGAUUUCUGCAGCGCCCUGUCGGGGCACGGGGCCGCCCCCAGAAUGGCCUUUCGGUCACCACCCCUGCCCGUCCUGGCCGGCGUCCGCCCCGGGUCCCUGCAGGCAGCCCAGCGGGCCACGGCCUCGGCGCUGCACUUCCCGUCGGGGUCCCUCCUGCCCCAGUCGAGCCUCUACUUCGCCCACCCCACCAUCCGCUACCACCACGGGCAGGACUCGCUCAAGGACUUCGUGCAGUUCGUCUGCGCUGACGGCGCCGCCCAGGGCCCCCAGCAUUCGCAGCGUCAGGCGCCGCCCCCCGCCUUGUCGGCCUCGGACCCCGCGACGGCAACUUUCUGA